UUCUAGAGCGAGAAUUUUCCAAGUGAGCUCAGUAACGCCGCUGUCGUCCCGAAUAGAGGCCAAGCUCGGGCGGAGUUUAUGACUUUGGCUUUUGCGGCAGAGGAGCGCUGAAUUACACCGUCUGUGAACUGAAAUCAAGUGAAACACACGCUCUCGCUACUUUUUGUUGUUGUUGUUGUUGCCAGAUCUCAGUGACACAAAGACAUUUUAAAAGCAGAGAAACAUGACUCAGUUCAACAAGGGACCAGCCUACGGAUUAUCUGCAGAAGUUAAAAGCAAGAUUGCACAAAAAUAUGACAUGCAAAAAGAAGAGGAGCUCCGUUACUGGAUCGAAGAGGUGACUGGCAUGCCCAUUGGAGACAACUUUCAGAAGGGCCUGAAAGAUGGUGUCAUUCUGUGCGAGUUAAUAAACAAGCUGCAGCCAGGAUCCAUAAAGAAAAUCAACCACUCGCAGUUGAACUGGCACAAGCUGGAGAACCUUGGGAAUUUCAUCAAAGCCAUCCUAACCUAUGGCAUGAAGCCCAGUGACAUCUUUGAAGCCAAUGACCUCUUUGAAAAUGGGAACAUGACUCAAGUACAGACCACACUGCUCGCCCUUGCUAGUAUGGCGAAAACUAAAGGCCUUGAUACGAAGGUUGACAUUGGAGUGAAAUACUCAGAUAAGCAGGAAAGGCAUUUUGAUGAUGAUAAGAUGAAGGCUGGCCAGUGUGUUAUUGGACUUCAGAUGGGGACUAACAAAUGUGCAAGCCAGGCCGGCAUGACUGCUUAUGGCACACGGAGACAUCUUUAUGACCCAAAGACUCAAACAGACAAGCCUUAUGACCAGACUACCAUCAGCCUGCAGAUGGGCACUAACAAAGGAGCUAGCCAGGCUGGCAUGUCUGCCCCGGGCACCAGAAGAGACAUAUUUGAUCAGAAGGUUGCUGUGCAACCUCUGGACAACUCUACCAUCUCCCUGCAGAUGGGCACCAACAAGGUGGCAUCUCAGAAGGGCAUGAGCGUGUAUGGGUUGGGCAGGCAGGUCUACGACCCCAAAUACUGUGCCCCGGCCACAGAGCCUAUCAUCCAUGCCAACGGCAGCCAAGGCACAGGGACGAACGGAUCGGAGAUCAGUGAUAGUGACUAUCAGGCAGAAUACCAAGAGGAGGAGUACCAGGGCAGUUACCAUGAUGAGUACAGUGGCCACUACAAUGACCAGGGUAUCGACUACUAGGGAGAGAUGCAUCAUUACUCGAAACAGUAUUAAUGCAAUAUAUUCUCAACAGAGCAAGUCUUUUGCUAUCAUCUAGUCUUUUGUUUUGUAUUAAGGGAUGCGAGAAAGAGAGAGUGUUAUUACUUUGUGACCCCUGCCCCUACUCUAGAUGACCUGUUUUUAAGCUGGCCAUGUUUUACUAUGGCCAUAUUUAAAUAUAAACAGUAAGAUAACUAAAAUUUGCUAUGUUAAGAUUCAGAACAUUACUUUUAACUGCUUUUUUUAUGAAGAAUGGAGAACUGUGAAGAAAAUAUUCCACAUUUUCACUAGGCAGAAUGUGCUUGAUGGAGAUCCACUUUUUAUACCCUGUGAUUUUUUUUUUUGUUUAUUAGUUGACUUUUCAUGCAUCUCAGAGUAAAUCAGUCUCAUUUAGCAAUUCAGCUUCAUCAGCCAAUCUCUGCUCUAUUGCAACAUAGCACGACUUGAGGAUCUUAUGCUGCAUCAAAUAAUGGGCAGAAAAUAGAGCAAAAGCCUUUAAAUCAUUCAAUCAUUUGUCUUUUUAUAUCACUGGAAGUUUUAGUUUUUUCAUCUAUAUGAAAUUCCCAAGGCUUUAGUGCUUUUCAGAGAGUUGCUUCCUUAGACUGGAUAACCAAGAGCUCUUUUAGUUUCCUGCUUUUAUCAAAUAGUUUUUUGUGCCAUAAUCUUUAAAUUGUUCAUAUACAUUCCACUCCCACUGUAUUUAUUGUCAUGUUCUCAUUUAAACUGUUCCUCUGUCAUGCGGUUCUUUUUAUGAAUAAAUUGUAUGUUAUAAAUAAA